AUGAUGCUGCCGCCGAUACUACUUCCUCCUCUAACCAGGCGCCAUUUUCGUUCUUGUCCGUCAUAGCAGCAUGCUGUUGUCAAACAGAUAAUAAGACUAAGACUUUGUGUUAUUCGAGAUCUUUUCCAGCUUUCCACACAAUGGGGCGAAAGAAGAAGAAGCAGAUGAAACCAUGGUGCUGGUACUGCAAUCGAGACUUUGAUGAUGAAAAAAUCCUCAUACAGCAUCAGAAGGCAAAGCAUUUUAAAUGCCACAUUUGUCACAAGAAAUUAUACACAGGGCCCGGAUUGGCUAUUCACUGCAUGCAGGUACACAAAGAGACAAUCGACAGUGUACCAAACGCAAUUCCUGGGAGAACUGACAUAGAGCUGGAGAUUUAUGGCAUGGAAGGAAUACCAGAGAAAGAUAUGCAGGAACGGAGAAGAACAUUGGAACAGAAAUCACAAGAGAGUCAAAAAAAGAAAAAUCAGGAUGACUCUGAUGAUGAUGACGAUGACGAUGAAGCAGGACCAUCAACUCAGCACGUUGCUGCUGUUCAGCCUCAGCCAGGCUACGUUACCCCAAUGACCCAACCUGGGAUGCCUCCGGUGGCUGGUGCACCAGGAAUACCUCCUGCAGGAUAUCAAGGAAUGCCUCCCAUGAUGCCGGGCGUUCCUCCCAUGAUGCAUGGCAUGCCCCCUGCAAUGCCCGGAAUGCCACCGGCCAUGAUGCCAAUGGGAGGGAUGAUGCCUCCCAUGAUGCCUGGGAUGCCCGCUAUUCCUCCAGGAAUGCCACCUCACAUGGCUCCAAGACCGGGAAUGCCCCACCUUGCUCCGGCCCCCGCAGCAGGACCAAUGCCCAGCCGACCAGCAGGACCAAUGGCUCAGCCUGCUGUUAACAAGCCUCUGUUUCCCAGUGCAGCACAGAUGGGCUCUGGCGUGUCCUCUCCACCUGCAGACCUUCAGUCUGCCUCCUCCCAACCUCCCUUUGCUAACUCGCCCCAAGCCCAACAGAAUGUCCCAGGAGCCGCAGCUUCCAGCACAGUCGCCUCCUCUGACCCUCCCAAAGUCACAUUCCCCGCCUACACCCAGCCCUCUGUCUCCUCUUCCUCUUCCACUUCUUCUUCUAAUCCCUCUAGCAGCACUGUGGCCAAACCCCCGGCCACAGUGACCAGUAAGCCUGCCACCCUCACAACCACGAGUGCAACUAGUAAGUUGAUCCACCCUGAUGAGGAUAUCUCACUGGAGGAGAUGAAGGCUCAGCUACCUCGCUACCAGCGUCUCAUACCCAGGCCUGGUCAGGCCCAUGCUGCUGCCCCCCAAGUGGCAGCUGUAGGUAGCAUAAUGCCCCCACAGCAGGGCCUGCCACCGCAGCAGCCUGGCAUGAGGCAUCCCCUACAUGGUCAGUACGGUGCCCCCCCUCAGGGCAUGCCAGGCUACAUGCCUGGGGGGAUGCCUCCAUAUGGGCAAGGUCCUCCUAUGGUGCCCCCUUACCAGGGAGGACCUCCAAUGGGUAUGAGGCCGCCCGUCAUGUCUCCGGCUGGACGCUACUGAAGAAGCAAAGCAGCCACCCCAUUAGGUUUGAGGUUAACACCUUUCUCUCACCCAUGUGCUUUUUCAAACCUAGCUGCAAGCAAAGAGCAGUAAGACCAGAGGUGGUGAAGACAAACACAGUCUGUUAAAACGCAUGGACAUUAAUCGUAACUUGUUAAAUGGGAGACGGAUGAAACACCACAUUGAUACCUAACAGCUUUUCGGUGUUGCUUGAUCACAUGUGAGGAUAUAUUUUUUCCCCCAUAGGUUUCACUCAGGUUCAUAGAGGUGAAGUGUGUAAAAAUGAUUCGUAUUUCUUUUGAGGCUGCUGGAGUUACAUGAACAUACCAACCCCCUUACAAAGGCAAGUUUCUCUUGUGAACAUUUGAUUCAUUUGAUGUCUUUGCUAGACUGAUUGAGGCCCUCACAGCACACACAGGUGCUGUUGGACAUUCGUCCCCAACUUUGGUUGGUGAGGGUCUCAGUGGUGAUGAUUCCUACUAAGUAAAUUCGCUCAUCAGUUUCUAGCUUUAUUCUUUUUUCAGGGUUGUUUUUAAAUUUCCUGGUCAAACACACACUUGUAUGCAUCCUUUGUAAUGUUUUAUCAAUCUGUUGUAAUAAAAUCCAUCUUGAAAUCUAA